AUGGCCGAUCAAAAGCAAUACACAGAAGAAACUAUCCGCAACAGCAGCAUCACACAAGAACAUACUUCGCUCAGUCAUGGACUUCACCACGACCAUGUUGCUGAAGAGGCCUUGGGUGGGCACAGAGCUGAUCUGGGCAAGUCAUACUUUACAAGCUUUAAUUUCAUCGGUACUGUUAUUGCUACAUGCCUAGCACAGAUAUCGGGAUACUUGGGAUGGGUUCUACCAGCUAAUACCUUGAGUCUCAUCAACGCCUCCAUCGGGCCGUCGCCAAACAUCAUUUGGGUCAGCAUCUCGUGGACUGCCGGAUUUGCCAUUGGCUUUACGCUGGUUGGACGAUUAUCGGACAUAUUCGGCCGUAGAUGGUUCUUCAUCUGCUCAUCCCUGUUUGGGCUUAUUGGGAACAUCAUUGGAUCAAGCGCACAAAGUAUCAACAUGUUAAUCGCCACCAAUUCCAUCAAUGGCCUAGCUGCUGCUGGCCAGCUAUCAUUCCACAUCAUCCUUGGCGAACUUGUUCCGAACGCACUCAGAGGUCCAGUGAAUGCAUUCGUGCUGUUCACCUCUGUUCCAUUCGCCGUAUUUGGUCCUCCGGUUGCCCGCUCUCUGUACCAAACCACUGCUCUGCAGUGGCGAUGGUGUUACAUUUUGGGCUGUAUCGUCAAUGUACUCGCUAUGGUCUUGUACUUUUUCUUCUAUUUCCCACCAACAUAUCUAACAGCAAAGGAAAUGCUCCACGUUGGUGGCAAGUCUAAAUUGAGACAACUCAAGACCCUGGACUGGAUGGGGAUUUUUCUCUUUUCAACUGGCCUUGUCGUUUUCCUGAUUGGCAUGAACUGGGGCGGCUCUGCAUAUCCGUGGAAGAGCGGGCACGUGCUAGGAGCACUUUUCUCUGGAUUCGCCACCAUGGUUGCUUUUUGCUUCUGGGAAGCCUAUGCGCCGGGUCUGGAAUAUCCACUGAUUCCCUUGCGUCUAUUCAGAAAUGUUCAAUACGAUGCCAAUGUCGCAUGUGCUAGCUUGGCGGCCAUCGUCUACUACGCCAACACGGUCAUAUGGCCUACGAUGGUCUCUUCGCUCUUUACGACUGACAUUACAAGAAUUGGGUGGCUCUCGUGUGCUGUUGGUGGCGGUCUACUCUUGGGACAGAUACUUGGUGGCGCCGGUGUCCGAUACCUCCCUCGCAUGAAGGUUCAGAUGACGGUUGCAGCAGUCUUUACCACAGCCUUUGUUGCCGCCGUCUCGGCUUCCAACCACAAUACAGAACAGCGAACGACCGCCUUUUUGUUGAUUGGCACCAUCGCUGCAGGCUACAUUGAGAAUCUCACUCUCUCUAGUACAGCGUAUCUCUGGGACCCAGCGGAUAUCGGGUUAGUCACUGGCGUCAUGGGUGCCAUUCGUACAGGCCUUUCCGCAAUCGCGACGAGCAUGUAUUCAUCCAUCUUGACUACUGAAGCUUCAAAGUAUAUCCCGCAAAAGGUCAUACCUGCUGCGCUGGCUGCCGGGCUUCCGGAGGCCUCUAUACCGGAACUUCUGUCUAGCAUUUCUCUCGGUGACUUCACUGCUGUUCCCGGAAUUACCCCCAAUAUUGUUGCAGCAACGGGAGACGCUGUCAAAGCUGCGUACGCACUGUCUUUUAGGACCAUCUACCUUUGUACUCUGCCAUUUGGCGUACUACUCAUUGCUGCUGCGCUACUUUCUCCAAAUGUGGAGCCCUACCUGACCGAUGAAGUGGCAAGGAAGAUGCACGAUAGGACAGAAGAGAAGAAGGAUCAGGUAGUGAAGAAGGAGUUUGUCGACGCUUAG